AGGAAAGCAGCUUUCUCUCGCGGUGGGUUUAUUGAGGAGAUUAUUAAAACAUUUUCAUUUAAAAAUACUUGGCAGAGACUUCUGCAUAAGUCAAGAGGACAUUUCUGCCCAUAUCUGCUUCCAACAGAGAAAAGAGAGUUUAAGGGGGAAAAAAAAACAAGCAAAACCCUGUCGACUUUCCUUAUGGCUACCAAAAAGGGUCUUGAAAGAGCUUGUCUUGUCGAGAGGGACACCAAGAAGUACUCCUUGGCCCUAGACAGGAUGGGCUGGCUUAGGAAGAAUUUAAAUGAAGAGAGGCAGAAGCAGGAAGCAGAAGUUGCUGAAGCUAAUCCAGUGUAUCACUGUCACGGCUACUCACAGGCCUAUGAGAACAGAAAGAGGGAGCAGCAUCAAGCCAGGAAGAAGCUCUGUGUAGCAUCAGUAAUUUGCAUCUUCUUCAUGAUUGCUGAGAUAACAGGGGAGUAUAUUGCUGGGAGCCUGGCGGUGAUCACGGAUGCAGCACACAUCCUGGUGGACCUGACGAGUUUCCUGAUCAGCCUCUUCUCGCUGUGGCUUGCCUCCAAACCUCCUACUAAGCAACUAACUUUUGGGUGGCACCGAGCAGAAAUUCUGGGAGCUUUGAUGUCUAUGAUAAUUGUCUGGAUGGUGACUGGUGUGUUGACGUAUUUGGCUAGCGUGAGGUUGCUACACCCUGAUUACGAUAUUGAUACUACAGUGAUGCUCAUCACCUCUGCUUGUGCCGUGCUCGCCAACAUCUCACUAAGCCUGAUUCUGCACCAGACCGGCCACGGGCACAGCCAUGGGGCACAAGCGGGGGAACACGUGUCAGCCCCUCCAGAAAAGCCAUCCUUGAGCAAUGCUAGCCUGCGGGCAGCCUUUGUGCAUGCCAUCGGAGACCUCUUCCAGAGCAUUAGUGUGCUAAUUAGUGCGCUUAUCAUCUUCUUUAAGCCAGAAUACAAAAUAGCUGACCCAAUCUGCACAUUUGUGUUUUCCAUCUUUGUUUUGGCAAGUACCAUCACCAUUUUAAGGGAUAUUCUGAUUGUGCUAAUGGAAGGAACAUCGAAAGGAUUUACUUAUGAUGAAGUGAAAGCAAGGAUUUUAGCAGUUGAGAAAGUGGAGUCUAUUCACAACCUUCAUCUUUGGUCUCUGACAAUGAAUCAAACUGCUCUGUCUGCUCACGUUGCCACAGCAGACACAACAGACAGCCAGAAGAUUUUGAGAGAUAUUACCCAAACCCUGUCUGAGCACUACAGCUUCCACUCCAUCACUAUCCAGAUUGAAUCAGGAGAGGAUCAGAAACAAGACUGUAUCUUCUGUCAAGAGCCCAGGGACUAAAGUGAGCAGGACUCUGUGCCAAAUAAUGAUUACCCCUCUUGCAGGUCAAUGGAGACUAUCUGUGCUGGUUGUAUGUAACUGAUUAACAACAAAUGGCAAUUAACUGACAUAACAAGCCCAGUGCAUGGUCCUUUCAUUGCUGGUAUCAUCUACGACGAGAGAACACGUAUUGGAUCCAUCCAUCAGCCAGAUUGCCUGACCAUCAGCAGUUUCUUUCAAUUACAAGAGAAAUUUCUAAAUUAUUCUUGACUAGAGCAGCAUAUUGGCACUAAACAACACUUAAGAGUGGCUGUUUGUAAUUACAGGUAACAAAAAACUAAUCAACCUUCAAAUUACCAACAGACCAAUUAUCACAAAGCAUAACGAAUUGUUCUUUUGGUGUUAGCAAAGCUCAACACUUACUCAGGAUGAAAGAGAAAAAUUAAAUUACCACAAGGGAUGAAGGGAUCUGGGAAAGAAAGUGGUAGUGGCAUGUGCUUUCCCUGCCUUUUGGCAGACACUCCUCUUCCUGAUACAUACAAGUAUCAAAUGUGUACCAUACUCUGCAUCAUGGAUCACAAGAGAAUUUACUCCAUUCACAUUUGGCAAAUAACUCUUUGGUUUUUUAGCUAGCCCUGUUUAUCUUUCAUCUAGCCCUCAGGCAAACUCUUUUCUGCCAGACAUGAGCAAUAUUCUCUACUAUGGAGACAACCCAUGGCUCACAUAGCACUGCAUCAUGAUGAGUUAUGACAGGAGAUUUGGGGUGGACUUUUGUGUGUCCGUGUCACGAGGUACCAACGAGUUGGGAUGAUAGACAAUUAUUUUUUAAUGAAACAAUAAUUAGGGCAAGGGAAGAAUGGGGCCCAUUCUGAACAUUCUGUCUUGUGUCAUAGAUCAUAGUACAGCCUGUGGGGUGUUACCCAGUAACACUACAUCCUGAAAUUAAAAAAAAAUCUUUGGUAUAUCACACAGCCAUUCACUGUAAAGGGAAGAGAAGCAUUUCUCCUUCAGGUAGCUAAUUUCCACAUUUCCUAACAGGAUGUGUGUUGUGGGUUAGGAAUGGUAUUCCCCAAUUUAGUGUUCCUACCAAAACACUCCAAACCACGCACUGCUGGCUCACUCCCACAUUUCCCUUCUCCCUCCCCUGCAGUGGGAUGGAGAGGAGAAUUGGAGGUACAAAAGGUAAAGAUUAUGGGUUGAGAUAAGAACAAUUUACUGGAAACAGCAAUGAAAUAAGAAAAUGAACAGUAGCAGUAACAAUAUUAAUGACAGAGUGUAAAGAGGUGAACCACUCCCAAGCAAGUGCUCACCACUACACCAUAUGGAGACCUCCAACAAAACCCCACUGUGCCACCACUCUAUGUGACCUGUAUGGAACCCCUGUCCCUGGAAAAUGUUUUGUGGUGAUGUUUUAAUGUCAGGUGGUAUAGAAUAACCUCUGUGUCUUAACCAUGCCACCUCCUGGCUACUGCGAAAAUCAACCCUGUCUUGGCCAGAACCAGGGUGAUGUGUUAAAUUUUCCUCCUUUUCAUGCCUGGCAAUGGUCAUGGCAGAACUUUGAACAAAGAGUCAGGUCUUGUUCCAGUGCCUCUAUUUUUGCCCAAGCAACUGAAUUAAACUCUUACCUAUUAGCAAAAGCAAGGGUUGCACUUCAAAAUAUAUGCUCCAGUGCUUCAAAAAACAACUUCAAUUCUGCCCCGUUGAUAAUAGUGCAGUUUUGUUUUCCAUGCAGAACUGACUUAAUGUUUUGCCACUCAACAAUCUUCUCUCCAACAGCUGUAGGGCUCACCUUACUAACAGGUUUGUUAGAACAAAAUAAAUUAUGUCAUACCAAGUGGUACUGAGUUUCUAGACUGACAGGUGGAAGGACCAUUGUGUUAUUAAGGUAUAAAGAGGCCUUGCUUUUUAGGGAAUUCAGUUUUAUUUACAAUAGGUUCACAUUAAUUUUCUAUUUUAUUAUCUUAAGGAGAUUAGAAUUUAUUAUUGGAGCUUUUGGCUAAACUUAACACAUAACUAUGUGAUGAUGGAUUGAUGUAUUAAGCUGGCAUUUGUUACCUGGUAGGGGGAACAAGAAAUUAUUCUGCUUUGUGGAAGAUCUUAGUCAGGUAAACCUCCCACGGAAAUCAGAUGAGAUAUUAAAGCAAAACACCCAGUAAGAAUUUCAUGAGUAUCUCAUUAUUUACCAGCUUGAAAGAACUGAGGCCACAGCAGUGGUAUUCAGUAUAAGGAUAAAGAUAAUUAUUGCCCUUCACAGCUGAAACUCCAGAAGAUAAGGCACAGAUAAAUCAAAGCACAGUAAGAAAUUCUAAAUGGAGAAGUUAACUUGUAUUUUGGCCAGUUUCUCUUCUGGUAUAAUUUAGCAUAGUUACCUCCUACCAAAGGCAACUCAGCUGUACUUGUUAGGUAACCUGAGUAUUCUUUUCAUUAGUUAGGGAGAACAAGUUAAUAGUGCAGCCUUCAUAUGAAAAAAACUAUCCUUCCAAAUGUUUGAAAUAAAAUGAGGACACAGACCUGGAUAUAAUAGUGACUUCUGCAGCACAGUUUUAUGGUCAAGGAUGACAUAAAAGAUAAUAAGUGGGUGACAAGAAUGUCCAUAUAGGACACAGAUUCAGAUCUGAAAUUUGGGUCAAGAUAGAGAAAAAGACAUGAAUUUUAAGAGCAAUAGAGGAUCUUGGAGAAAAUUUGAACAGAAAAGUGAUAUGGUCCACCAUGAAUGUUAUGCUGAGUGGUAGAGCUGUGAAAAAGCUGGAUGGAAGCAACACAAGAGCAGUUGGAAGAAAGAAGAUGCAGCAGUCAGCACCAGGACUGCUGAGGCUAUCAUGCAAAUUAAUUGAAAGGAUGGGAAAGUGUUUGGGAAAAAGGAGCAGUGAAAUCUAGAGAUACAAGGAAAGAAAGAGUUAAUUCAAAAUAAUGAUACUAUAAUGCAUAUUAAUUGAAAGGAUGGGAAAGUGUUUUAUUGCAUUUCUGAAAAAGGAGCAAUGAAAUCUAGAGAUACAAGGAAAGAAGGAGUUAAUUCAAAAUAAUGAUACUUUAUUACAAAAAGCAGGGGAAAAUUGUAGAAAAGGUUUAAGAGAGGGCUGAGGCAGCAGCUUCCAUCCACAGUAAUGUAAUCUGGGUAUGUGAGGAGUAAAGAUCAGGGCAGGAAUGGGGAGGAAGAGGAGAAGUCCGGGUUUGUUAACAGCAGUAGACGUAUUUCAAGCAAAAGAAUUUAACCACAUACCUUUAGCAAAAUCUAGAGACCUAUGGGAAUUUUACCUAAACAUGUAGACUGAAGAUGAAUUUAGAGCAAAUAUUUACCUGUAGUUAUGAAUGUUGCUAUAAGGAGAUGAAUAUUUAAUACUCCUUCUAUGUAUAUGAAUGUAAAAUGUAUGUUUGUUCUUCAUUCAUGUCUAGUUAGAUCCUCAGGGAUAUUAUCUUGAUACAAGGUUGUUUUCAGGAUACUGUCUAACUGGCCGAGAAGGAUUUCUGCAGAAAUGCUACUGCGAUAUACAGAGGCUGAGAAGUCAAGAGACAAUUUCUACACCUGUCUACUUUUAUUAACUUUUCAUCUUUUUGAUUGUCUGAAAAAUAACUACAAGAAAGCUGACGAAAAAUUGCUGAAUCAUUCUUAGGACAUGGAAAAGGGUUUGUCAUGUAAGUGGUCUGUUUUCGAUGCCUGACUGUUUUUUGAUGGAGUUCAGUUCAUAUGGACAAGUACAUGUCUUUACUGGGUAGACCCUACCGAAAUUUUAUGAACAUAAGUAUAUUCAUUUUCCUCUAAAUUUUAAAGUAGUCAUUUUGCAGCUUGUAAAUGAUAUAUUUGUCUGAUCCCCUAAAAGUACUCUCUCUUUUUCCCUUUCCACAAGGAUAAGAAGUCUGUAGAAAGUAAAGACUUCUUGGAGUAGAAAUCAUGAAAUGAACAAGUGCAAAACUUUCCUGAUUCAGCACUGACAAAGAGUCUAAGUACCAAUAGUGUGCUGAGAUGACCAUCAAAUAAUGACAGAAGUAUUUAUAAUUAUUUGAACUGUGAACAGUUAAGGCACAACAAAUAUGUCAUUAACACCAAUGGAAUGGUCUCUUACUCUACCUAAAGUCCUAGACAUAUUUCUGUAUUCCCCUGUCUGAGAUGUGAUUACGAGAGUUGCAUAUGAAAUCGAGGAUUAUAUUGCCCACUAAAUGUGAGAAAUCACAACAGUAAUUCAUCAUCUCUGGAGGAAAGCAAACAGAUAUCCCUGCCCAUGGCAGCCAAUAGUGGCCUAAGCAACAAGGACUGUGUAGGUCUGCAAUAUGAUUCUUUCCAAUGUCAAGAGGUUAUAUCUGUUUUUGCUCUCAACACUUUUUCCUCAAUUGGAAAAGCUAGUAUGCCCCAACACACCUUUCCCAGUGCCUUCCCCCCAGCCAUAGCAAAUGUGCUCUCCUUCCUUUUUUCAUCCUCUUUGACUAUUGUUCCCUUCUUCUUUGCUCUUCUAUUUUUCCCCACUUGGCUUUUUUCAUCAAUGCUCUAUUACCUGCCUAUUCAAAUUUCAAUGCCAGCAUUUUUACAUAUCGUUACAUAUCCUUUCUGCUUAUAGCCCUUCUCAUUCUUCUUCAUCCUGUGUGUUAGAUAAAAGCUCCUCAGAAAAAAGCUACCUUUUGCUCCAUGUUUGUUGAAAACAUUGCAUAAUGCACCAUCUUUUUUCAUAACAGUGACUUAAUAAAACCAAAGAGAAACAGCCAUUCCAGCCAUCACAUAUUAGUCCAUGUCAAGCACCCAUAUGUACUUACUUUGUACUAACGUCAUUUAGAACUUUCAUCACAAAAAAAUUAUCUGAACUAUCUCCAGCUUGUGGUACUCUUUCAUGUUCUCAAGCUUGCUGAUAAUCUCUUUCAGCUAAGAAAAAUAAAAUCCUUUCUCACCUGAGUACACACAAUUUAAACAAGAAAGGAAUUAAAGACAUCCUAUUACUUAACUGCCUCCUUCAACUUCUCUCUGCUCGGAGUUUGUGUCAGACAAUCAGUGCCUAGCAAGAGUGCACUGCAGCAAAGGAAGCUUUGGAUAGCAUCCUGGUGGGAACGGUGUC